AUGCCUAGCACGUCCGGCCUUCGCGGGUUUUUCGGCCUCGUCCUGAGUGCGACCUUCGUCACCGUCGCCACAUGCCACAACCACUGGGUCGAUGUUUGGGCUUCCAUGCCACAGCAGGUAGAGCCGUAUAACCUGCCCAACCCGCCCUAUAACGGCACCGACGGGGUGUUCCGGAACACCACAAUCCGCCAGACCGUCUACCUCACGCAGGAUGCCUCCACCAUCCGGCUGCAGUUCAGCAACGCCUUCGGCAGCUCCGAUCUGCCCAUCACAGCCGCCACCGUGGCCCUGCCCGCGAAGGGCGCCGCCGGCUCGAGCGCCAUCCGCACCGACACGGUCCGGUACCUGACCUUUUCCGGGUCGCGCUCCUUCCAGGUGCCCAACGGCGCGCUCGUCGUCUCGGACCCGCUGCGCUUUCCCGUCAAGGCCCAAACCAGCCUGACCAUUACAGUGUACCUCGCAUCGGGCCAAGCCGGAUUCGGCAUCACGGGUCACCCGGGCAGCCGGACCUCGAGCUGGCUCUCCCAGGGCAACCUCGUCGCCGCGGCAGACCUCAACUCUUCUUCUUCGGUCACCAACGUGCAGCGCAUCGACAAGUGGUUCCUCAUCUCCGCCGUGCAAGCCUGGCUGCCGCCGUCUCACGUGGCGCUCGCCAUCGUGGGGGACAGCAUCACCGACGGGCGCGGGAGCACAACCAACGGCAACGACCGCUGGCCGGACCGGCUGGUCUCGCGCCUGCAGCAGUCCCCCUCCUACCAAGGCCUGCGCGCCAUCUCGGUCCUGAACAUGGCCGCGGGCGGCAACCGCAUCCUCGCCGACGGGCUGGGCCCGAACGCGCUAGGGCGCAUCGAGCGGGACGUGCUGGCACACCCCAACGUGCGGUACGCCGUCGUCUUCGAAGGGGUCAACGACCUGGGCACGGCGGCGGCCGACACGGCGACCCAGCGCGCCGUGGGCGACCGCAUCAUCCAGGCGUACGACCAGAUGGUGGCGCGGCUACACGCGGCCGGGAUCGCCGUGUUCGGCGCGACCAUCACGCCCAUGAGCGGGCCGGGCCAGGUGUACGGGGAUCCGGCGCGGGAGGCGGAGCGGCAGCGGGUGAACCGGUGGAUCCGGACGAGCGGGCGGUUUGACGGCCUGGUGGACUUCGAUGCCGUCGUGCGCGACGCCAAGAACGGGACUAUGCUGCGGGAGGAGUACAACACGGGGGAUUACCUGCACCUGAAUCCGGCCGGGUACAAGGCGAUGGCCGAGGCGGUCGAUUUGAGCUUGUUUGCGAGGUUUGCCGACGGUUCGGACGCCAUGGUGUAA